AUGUUAUCUAGAGAUAUCGAAACAUCGUCUUUCCAGUCUUUCUAUCUUACGCCUGUUCAUUAUACUCAAAUAGGAAAACAAUUUGAUCGUCUGUCAUUGAGCGACUUCAGUAUUAAAAAGACGGUAGGCACUGGGUCAACUGCCCGUGUUCACCUUGCUAAAAGCAAAGCCAAUGGUCAUUACUACGCCAUCAAAGCCAUUGAUAAAAAAGAUUUGGUGUCAAAACGACAAGUAGAACAUGCACUAAAUGAGAAGCAAAUCCUUAGCUCAGUAUCACACUCAUUCUUGGUUAAUUACUGGGGUUCAUUUCAGACUUCUACACAUGUGUUUCUUGUUAUGGACUAUAUACCUGGUGGUGAAUUAUUUCAUCUUAUUCGAGAAAAAAAGAAAUUAACAGAAGAAGAAACGAAAUUUUAUGCUGCGCAAGUGAUUUUGGCUAUUGAAUAUCUUCAUAACCAAUCUAUCGUGUACCGUGACUUAAAGCCAGAGAAUAUCUUGUUGGACGAACAAGGCUAUAUUAAAAUCACUGAUUUUGGGUUUGCUAAAAAGAUACUAGAGGAUCGUACAUGGACAUUGUGUGGAACACCUGAUUACAUUGCACCAGAGAUUAUUCGUUCUCAAGGUUAUACAAGAGCUGUUGAUUGGUGGAGUCUUGGUGUGCUUGUUUAUGAAAUGAUGACUGGCCACUCCCCUUUUACAGCCAAGAAUCCUAUUGAACAAUACCAAAAAAUUUUAGAAGGCGAUGUAGACUAUCCCCAAGACAUGAGUCCUGAAGCCAGGGAUUUAUUAGAAAACUUAUUAAAAACAAAACCCUCUGAACGUUUUGGUAAUCUCAAAAAUGGCGUGAAUGAUAUCAAAAAUCAUCCAUGGUUCAAGUCUGUUGAUUUUGACGCUAUCUUGGCACGGAAAACAACACCACCUCACAUUCCUCACAUCAAACACGAGGGCGACACUCACUACUUUGCUUCUUAUGAAGAACUACCCAAGACAUACGAUGAAAUUCAUCAAAAAGAUCCUUACAAAGGACGUUUUAUUGACUUUUGA